GAUGUUUGAACAACAAUCCUGAAAUCUACGAUACGAACAAACAUAACAAUUAUAAAUCAUGAGCAGCAGGAGCUCUGACGGAACUGCUGUCUUUAUUAAAUAUACAUCUUUAUACAUCUUUUAAUAGCAAAAAUUAAUUGUUUUUAACUGUAUCAUUUUAUGACCUGCUCAUAAGUAAACAUUAUUAUAUUCAUGUGUCUUCAGACUCAGGAGCUGCUGGAAACUAAAACCAAAAUAUUUUUUAAAAAAUGUGCAAUAAAAAUCAACUUGUCUCUAAAAACCUGGAGUUGUGUGCUGCAGGACAGGAAAUGAUGGAAACAUCAUCUACAGUCAGUUUUUAUAAAUGUUAUUCUGCUUCCUUAUUUUUAAAAAUAAUACAUAAAAAAAGACUUUAAUCUUUUUUAUAAAUCAAGCUCUUAAUCUUUUUAAUUUAACAAAUAAGACACAAGUUAUUCUUUAAAUAAAAGUCUUGAAACAUUUUCAUCAGUUGUGUUAUUUUUAAAUUAACUCUUGUUUAAAUGUCUCGUCAGUAAAAACAAUAAUCAAACAUUUAAAAGUGUUAAAUCUCAGAUGUCAGAGCGUCCCUGAACGCAGCAGCAGAGUUUUCCCAGCAGCCUUUGCUCUCCGCUGCAGCGCGACAGUGAAUGAAUCUUUUUCUUUGACUCUGAACUGAUGUGGGAUCAAUGUGACCGAGUGUGUUCGCUUCAGUCUGAUUAACACGAUUUCACAAAACAUUUAUGAACUCGUCCUGAAAGUUUAAAACCAUCAGGAGCAACUUCACAAUAAAUAAUGUUUAAUAAAGACUUUAAUGUGUUUGUAUUAACUAUAAAUGUCCUGUUCAUUCCUGCUGGUUUGGAUUAAUUACUGAUCUGAUUAGGAUCAAUCACUGUGAUUCUGCAGACUCAUCUGAUAUCUUUUUGUAAACGUUGGUGAGUGAACAGGUUUUUAUUUGUCUGAAUAUCAGAGAACUUGUUCUGAGUCACAACAAUCUAAACAUGAUUUAAUUUCUCUUACUGUGAAUCGAAUCGUUCAGUUUGUCUCGUGAAACUGAAUAUUUUCAACUCUUCAGGCCUUCAAACAUCCAACAUGACGUCACGUGUCCAGACGGAGGCCGGACCGUCGAUGUGUCGUACAUAAAGCUGAAUAAAGUCUGAUAGGUUCUGAUGGAUCCGACCACAGCCCAGAACCUCCAUCAGAACGUGCUGCAGUAAAGCUCCGGUGCGUCCUCGUGCAGGAUGACCUCACCGCUCUGCGUCUCUGGUGGGAAACGUCGUCUGCGUUGAGUUUGUGUUUGUUGUGAGUUCUGCAGUGAGCUGACAUGAAGCUCAGGGACUUUACAGUUGUGUGUUUCCCACAGAGCUGCUGGAACGAGCAGGAACUGUUUACUGUGUGCAGCCUGCUGAAGCUGCUCGUGUCGGAGCAGGUCUGAGGCUGAUAACACUCAGGCUGCAGGAUUAUGGUAAUAACAGGCUGCCGGCGGCUGACUGCCGGGUCCCAUCGCAGCCGGCUGGGUGGGCGGGCUGCGGGCGCUUAUCACCGCGUUGCAGAGGGCGAUUCUUCACACAGUCACAUGACGGGCGACACCUUGAUUCACACUGCAGCUGGACAAAGAACAGCUCAGCGGUUUUAUCACCAAACACCACGAAGAUGACAGAGCGACGCUGCACGCUGAUUGUUUUAAAAGCACGAAUGAUCCCGUCGCAGAGCGGCGAAGGUCUCCGACCACAGAUAUGAUCAGUAAUCAUCAGUAAUAAGGUUCAGGAGCAGGUUUAAAAGACGCCGCCGCAUUUUUCAAACUGCUCGUAAAACUCUUCCCGACUGUUAUCUGACAGAGCGACGAGACGGAAACGCAGUCAUCCAGAGAAAACAAUCAGAAACAAUCAUUUUCAGGUAAACGGCUGCUUUUGUGUGGUCGGAGAAUCGUCUGUCGGUCGGACUCGCCAUCAACUCAUCAGAUAAGAACGCUGCUCUGCGGCUCCUUCAGCAGAGCCGGCGUGACCUUCAGGUUGGAAACAAAAACCUGUUUCUUGUUCGGUCAGUUUUGUUCGUACGAAGGUUUUUCGAGCUCACAGAGAAAUAAAAGCAGGACUCCUGCUGCAUCUUUACCAGAAUGGGAUGAAACUGUAUGUACAGUUGCCAAGGAGACGCCGUCAGAGCGGCAGUUAGAGGCUGUUAACCCACACACCCUGUGAUUUCAUUCACACGGCUUCUCUCUGCUCCAUCCUCCUCAGGAAUCACUUGAGGAGACGCUGCCAGAGACUCAACACAGCUCGCUGGAGCAGUGCUGAGGAAUUAUCUGCUGUCAGGACCUGCCCGGGACACCGCCGCCGCCGCCGCCACCGCGCCAACAAGGACCAGAGCUGGACGGGGGGGCUGAGCCAUGCUGUCCGCCGCCAUUCAGAUCCUGGCGUUCGCCUUGGCACUCCUGGGCGUCCUCGGCACCACCGUGGCCACUCUGCUGCCCAACUGGAAGGUGAGCAUCAACGCCUGGUCCAGCGUCAUGACCCCCAUCUCUCAGAUGCAGGGUCUGUGGAUGGACUGCGUCUGGUACAGCUCCGGCGUCUUCAGCUGCACCAUGAAGAACUCCAUGCUGUCGCUGCCGGCGUAUCUGCAGACCACUCGGGCCGCCAUGGUUCUGUCCUGCCUGGUGGCAGCGUUCGGUCUCUGCCUCGCCUCCCUGGGGCUCAAAUGUACCCGCUGGGGGGGCAGCCACCGAGCGAAGGGGCACACGGCCAUCGCUGCAGGGGGCUGCUUCGUCCUCGCCAGCUUCCUGUGCCUGGUCCCCGCGUCCUGGUUCACCAACGAAGUCAUCACCGCCUUCCUGACCACCGACCUGCCGGACAGCAGUAAAUAUCAGCCUGGAGGAGCUCUGUGUGUGACGUUUAUCUCUGCCGGCUUCCUCCUGGCUGGAGGGGUCAUUUUUUGUUUGUCAUGUCCCGGAAAGAGGACAGGACGACCGGACUACGAUUCCCCCGCUGACCCGGACAGAACUCUGAUGUACGGAGACGAGCAGCGGCGGCGGGUGCUGCAGACGGAGCGCAUGCAUCCAAAAAACAGGCAGAACAGGAAGGUUCAUCUGCGGAUGGACGGAGUGAAGCAGCAGAAACCUCCUCAGGAGAAACCUGGACAGGAUCAGGAGCAGAAAGUCUACUCGUCUCCGUCCAAACUCCCUCCUAAAGACAUCAAGGACAGCUACAGCCUGCAGGAGUACGUUUAACCCUCGCCGCUGAGAGCUGAUGUGUGGAGUUUACAGCUGAGGCGCUCUGGCUCUCUGACAGGAGGAGGUGGGCCGAGGGGGAAUAAUUACCAAAUGUCAGGAAAAAAAAAACAGAUUGUGGAUUCAGCCGAACGAGACGGAGAGCAGAGGAUCGGAGCUCUGCGAAGGACCAGAAACCACAGACGACAAACGGUGUAAAUCCUUUAAUGACUGCUGCAGCUUCACCGAACCAAAGAAGAACAAAACACAAAGAGCAGAAGAACAAAAUACAAAGAGCUGAACCUGCUGAUCACAGAAAACAAUAACUGAGCUCUGCCUGGGACUGAAAGCCAUCGCUGUCCAGCUGUAGACGGGUCUGAGAUUGGCUGUUCGGGCCGGGCCGGACCAGAACUGUCUGACGAUUCAACCAACAAACUGCAGAAGAAAAACAGACAAAUUCAAAGAAAAGAAAAAGAUUUAUUUUAAAAUAAUGACACACAAAAAAAGCAUUAAAAACAGAAGAUGUGUUGUAACUAAUUUAUAAUUCAGUUAUAGCUAGAAAAAUGUAAAAAAUUAUUUUUAUGCAUUGAGGUUCAUGGAAACGUGACAAAAUAUUCUGUUUGCACAUCAGACGAAUCCAAGGAAUGAAAAUAAAAUAAGUUCAUUUAAAAACAAUACUGUUAAAAUACGACAGAAUUUAAAAUAAGAUUAUUUCAAAUGAAAUGUCAUUUAAAAUGAGUUCUUUCUUCAUGAAAAUACAUUUAUCAUUUAUUCAUAAAGAUGACAACCAGCAACUGUAUAUAUGGAGAGAGAUAAAUAAAGUUAAUGACUGUGAACUAAUGUCAAACCACUGAGGUCCAAAUUUUACAUGUGGCUGGUUUUGUUAACGUUUGCUGGUUGAUUCGAUGUGAGUCUUCAUGGCGCCUGAUAUUUCUAAGAUGUUAAAUACUGUAACAAUUAGACCAAAAGUCCUGACAAAGUUUGGAGCCAGUUGCCACUAAUUUACACUCGCUUUCAAAAUAACUGAGCUGAUUAAACUGAAGCGUAAAACAUGAUGCUUAAAGUUUCAAAAUAAAUGUCUGCACAGCUUGUUAGCUUAGCAUAAUCACAUAAAUCUGACCAGCAAAUCAUUCGUUUGAAACUAGUUUACUCACUUUAACUUUAAAUUAAGUUUUGAGUUUCAUGAGUAAAGUUUUAUAUAUUAAGUAACAAAUCAAGAAGCACAAAGACGAAGAAACAAACAAACAUCAGAUGUCUCCGAACAGCUGGUGGAACACAACAACCUUUUUAAAUUAAAUAAAUUACAAAAAAAAUUAUACGAUACAUAAAAUAUGGCGAAAAAAAGUUUUUUUGUUUUUCGCUCUCUUCAACUUCAAAUUCCAAAACUUGUUGCAAAAUCAACAUUUCAAAGAUAAAAAGAUAAAAGAUAAAAUACAGAAAGGAAAGUAAAUCCUGCAUUUUGUACAGCGGCGUAUUUAAUAAAUGCAGAUCAUGACAGAAAGAAAAUGACUGAGCUGCUGAGCACAACAACAAAAUACUGAGUGUGACUUCAGUUAUGAUUAUUAUAAAAAAUGAUUGAUAAAGAAUUGAUAACUGGGAUUGGCUCCAGUAACCGCCGCGAUAAGCCGUAACAUCCCUGAUGGAUUAAGCAGAAGAAAAUGAGAUGAGAUCGAUAGAGGAACCCAACAGCCGCUCAGCUGGACUCAGAGACACAGAACCCUGCUGGUUCCGCCCGUCACGUCGGCUCUGGGCCGGCUCUGAAGCGACCCGCAGGCCGUCCUCUGGCUGCAUGCUGUCUGUGCUUUAGAUGCUGCUUACAGCUUGACUGUAGUCCGUCAUAGAGAGACGGAAGCAAUAAAAACAUGGCUGAUUUUUUUUUUAUAAAACUGAAAACGAGUCCUGAUCCAAAGUGUCAGAUCGACGGCGUCCGCUCCGUCUUUUCGCAGCGGUCCGGAGGGAGGCGAGAGGUGCAGCGCAGCGUGGAGAGAGGUAAUGAUGCUCUUUGCUUUCCCAUUAUCCUCUCAGCACGGCUGGAUGCACACUGCACACAGCCUCCACCACCUCCACCCUCCUCCAGCUGCACCAGGAGGACACCCAGUCACUGCCGGCCUGAUGGAGUCCAGCCGUCUGCAGUAUUGUGUUCUGUUCUGUCCUCCAACCUGAGGUGAGCUGUCAGUCAAACAGCCUCUCAGGAAAAAAAACACUGAUGUGAGAAAAUCAAAGUGGACUCAUCAGCGCUGCAGCAGCCGAACGCUGCGACGCUUUAAGAACUGACACGAAGCUUUCAGGCACCAGAAACCAGAAAACUUCAGCAGACAGAAAAUCGAUAAUUCUGUGUUUCUUUAAAAAAGAUGCAAAAACAGGAUGUGAACAGAACAAUUCACGUCCUGUGUUUCUGCUUUCUGCUGCUUUUUAGACGAAGAGCUGAAGUUUUUGGACAAACACUUUGUGAACCCAAAUUCAGAGUAUUGGAAAGUUCUACAACAGCUCUGAGUUUUAUUUUGAUUCAUUUCCCUCCAUCUGAUCAUCAUGUCAAGUUAUUUCCUUCUGACAAGUUACAAAAUAAAAGUAAAUAAAUAGUUUCAAGUCAGUGAAAAAAAAUGUCUCUUUACCUUCACGUUGAUAUUUGAAAAUCUGGGAAUCAAUAUUGUUUCUUUUGUCUUUAAAGGGCAAUUCCAGUAUUUAAACCUUGUAUUUGCAUAUUUUGGUUCAUAAAUGAUUCAUACACACCAAA